GCGAGUGAGUGUGUGUGUGUAGGGGUGGAGAGGGGGGUGGAUUCGGUGUGCAGUGCAAGCGCGAGCACACACAGACCGCAAGAAAGAGAGAAACCGGGUGCUUAAGGAGAACAAUCCUCGCGCUGCUGAGCUUUGUUUUAUUAGUCAGAGGGAAGAUAGAGCCGACAGUACAGAGGAAUACCUGUCUUUACGGAGAGCUGCCUCGUGACCCGCGAGCUUCGGAAACAGAUAAGCCCGCUGCGAGGUACCGCUCCGACGCGCAUUUAACUUGUCUGCUUGAAGUCAUAGCAACCAAAGCUACGGAUAAUAAGUGCCUGAGUGACAGCAUAGCCCCUGACCGUACAGAGAUGGAGACGGUUAUUCCCUGGCUGAGGCACUGACUCCGGCGGAGCCCUGUCCCGGUCCCAGCGCCCCCUGUCGGCCCGCGUGGCCCGCAAUGCCCCGGCCAUGAAGGGGUACCAUGUGACCCGGAGCCAAUCCCAGCAUGCCCCGGGGCCGUGCCACUGCGGGCCGGAGGACUUUGACGCCUUGCGCGACUACAUGCCCGGCCCCCAGGACUACGCGGGUCACAGCAACCACGCGUACUUCCCCCCCGGGGCGCCCCCCGACCUGGCCCACCGCCGCGUGCCCUCCUACGGGGGCGGCACCUUCCCCCGCUCGCACCCGGGUCAGCAGCAGCUCUACGAUGGGCCCCCUGGCCCCGCCCACUACGGCCACGCCCCCAGGAAGUCCCAGCGGGCCUCUCCCGGGGAGCUGGAGCAGUACGAGCGGCAGCUGGAGGGGUACCACACGCUGCAGUACCAGCGCGCGGCCAGCGGGGGGCAGCAGAGGGAACGGCCCGAGAGCCCCAGCCGGAUCCGCCACCUGGUGCACUCCGUCCAGCGCCUCUUCACCAAAUCCCACUCGCUGGAGGCUCCCGCCAAACGGGAGCACAGCAACGGGAACGCCCCCCGCGAGAGGGCCGGGGCCGGGGGCGGAGCCGGGGGUGGCCACGCCCACCGCAGCCCCGCCCAGCGCGCCCCCCGCUCCGCCCGGCGCAGCAAGAGCCACGACCGCAGCAAGAGCCGCGAUUCCCGCCACCGCAGCCGCAACGCCGGCUGGUGGAGCUCCGACGACAACCUGGACAGCGACAGCGGAUACCCCCUGGGCAGCAGGGGGCGCCGCAGGGCACCGCCAGGCCAGCCCAGCCUGGAGGGGGCGAUCCAGGACCUGACGCUGAGGAGCAUGAGGGGCCCAGGGCCCCCGGGGGACUGUCUGAGCUGCUCCUCCGUGGGCGUGGCCGGGGACCCGGCACACGCCCUGAAGAUGAACGCCUGGGCCGCCAUGGCGGCCAGCCAGGCACGCGAGGCCUACCCCGGCCCCGCCCACAACAAGGCCCUCGUACCACUGGAGCCCAAAGGGAAGGAGCACGGGCUGCACUACCUGCAGGUCCCCUCGGAGGACUGCAGCGGGGCCUUUCAGGUUGGGGGCGGGGCCUCUGAGGGCGGGGCGGAGAUUCCGUGCCGGAGGAUGCGGAGCGGCAGCUACAUCCGCGCCAUGGGCGACGACGACAGCGUGGAGUCUGACGCCAGCCCCACGGCCACGCCCAGGAACCCGGCCACGCCCCGGAACACUGCCACGCCCCGGAACACCGCCACGCCCCGAAACGCCCUGCUGACCCAGAGGGAGGCCCUGCGUCGCUCCGUGAGCAUGGACCAGCGGCCCCCCAAGUACUCGUGUAAGCAGUGUGCCAGCACCUACGCCAACAGCCGCACCAUGCCCCGAAACCACAGCUGUGUGCACCUGCAGCUGGGGGAGUCCAUGUGUGAGUCGGUGUUUGGGGAUUUCGGGGAGUCUCAGGCGGUCGACGCCCUGGACCUGCCCGGAAGCUUCCGGGCCCGCAGCCAAAGCUACGUCCGCGCCAUCCAGGCCGGCGUCUCCCAGGACGACGACUGCCUGCCCGUCUUCUCCCUGUCCGGCCCCCAGGGAGGGGCCAAGGGUGCGGCCGUGUUCCCUAACAGGAGGAAGUUGCCCCCCCCCCUCCCCCCGCGGAUGCUGCGGGGGCAGCGGUCCCUGGCGGCGCAGAGCAGCACAGAGUCCACGCAGGAGGCGUACUUCCAGAGCACAGGCCAGCCGGGCCUGCGUCGGCUCCGGCAGCACAGCGGCUCCCUGGACGGGGUGGAGGGGGGCGGGGGGCGUUCCUCCCGGGGCGGGUACUACCCGGGGGCAGGGCCGGAGGCGGGGCCUGGCACGGCCCGGGGGCGGGGCAGUUACCAGCACAGCAACUCCGUGGAGAGCCUGGAUGGGCCCCGGGGCGUGGCGGGGGCGGGGCCCAUGAGGCCGAAGCACAGCAGCUCGGCAGAGAACCUGCUGGAGGGCGUGGCCGGGGGCAGGGGCGGGGCAGGGGGCCGAGUGGGGACGCUGGGGAAGUCCGUCUCCCUUCCUCAUAACGGGAAGGGCGUGAGAAUGCAGGACGAGCGGCUGCAGGACGGGCACGGGCGCCAGUGGAGACCCCCCAUGGCCAUGCCGGUGGAUAGCUCAGAGGCAGUCUCAGACUCAGACCCAGAGAGUAAAGCACUGCGGGCAAUGCAGGCCAUCGGGGUGCAGGCAGAAGACAAGAGGCGUGGCCGUUUCAGACGGUCCUGCAGUGUGAUGUCAGGGAUGCAGGCAGACUUAGAAAGGGAGGAGCUCCAGGGGAGGGGCGUGGCCUCACAGUUCUCCGCCUCCUCCUUUCAGCGCCACGCCUCCGAGCCGGAGGAGACCCGCACUGUCCACACUCAGGGCCAGUGGGUUUACCAUGACAACUAUCACCAUGCCAACGACCCCCGCCCCACCUCUAGCCACGGUCGCACCACUCCCUCUGGCCACACCCCCAGCCAUGGCCGUGCCACUCCCUCUGGCCACACCCCCAGCCACGGCCGUUCCACACCCUCUGGCCACACCCCCAGCCACGGUCGCACCACUCCCUCUGGCCACGCCCACGGUCGUGCCACGCCCUCUGGCCACGCCCACGGCCGUGCCACGCCCUCCGGCCACGCCCCUGAGCCGGGCCGAGGGGAGGGCCGUCGGAGUCGGCCCAGCUCUGCCCGCGCCUCCCCCUGUCCCCGCGACGGGGAGUUCUUCCUGCGCCUCCUGCACGCGGAGGUAGAGAGGAUGGAGGGAUGGUGCCAGCGCUUCCAGAGGGAGGCGGAGGAGAACGACCUGCCGGAGGAGGUGUUGGCAGGAAUCCGCAGUGCCGUGGGCAGUGCCCAGACCCUCAUGGCUCAGAAAGUCCAGCAGUUCUUCCGGCUCUGCCAGCACAGCCUGGACCCUACGGCGCACCCCCAGCCCAGCCCCCAGGACCUGGCGGAGCUGUGGGAGCUGCUGCAGCUUGCGGUGGAGGAGGUGCGGCUCAAAUUCCAGGAGCUGCAGCGGCUGAAAGACUCGGGCUGGCGGCUCCACCUGAAGGAGGAUAAGAGCCUCCCGCCCCCGUUACCAAAGAAACCCAGCGGGGGUGUGGGUGGCGGUCGCGCCCGGGGCGGGGUCGACCCCAGGGGGGGCGUGUCCUGUGAGCCCCCUCCCCUCCCGGAGAAGACUGCCGCCCUGGUGGAGCACCAGGACCCACACAGCCGGCUGCUGCAGGCCAAGAACUCCGCCCACUCUUUCCGCCAAAACUCCGCGACAGAGAGUGCCGAUGGAGUGGAGAUCUACAUCCCUGAAGCACAAACACGCUUCUGACCUGUAACACACACUCACACUCACACUCACACACACAGACUCUCACACACACACGCUCACGCACACACACUACAGAGUAGCGCCUUUAUUUCAGCUGGAGGCAGAGCUCUGUGGGUGCUCUGCGAAGCUGGCAGGUUACCUGGGCAUUCUGCACUCUCGCACUCACUGUGACGUCACAGAACCCUGCUGUGACAUCACAGAGCCGUCAGGGUGGGUACAGUCACAGGAAGACCACUCAGAGCGUGGGUCGCCCUGAAGCCACCCACACUCGACACAAUCACCAAUUACACACCGCCCCCUGCAGAGCUACCGGCUGCAGUCCUCACUGCCACGCUCCGGGCUCGAUCAGAGACCACAGGGGCUCAUCCAUGCACCACAGCGUGGGGCCUCAACUCACAGAGCCGCCCAGUAGCCCCACACUCCUCGUUAGUCUUGAACAGUGGACAAGCUCUCUUUGUGACAUCAUCACUGCCAUGCUGCCCUUCCAGCAGCAACCAGCAGGGGGCGACAUGGUUUUUAAUGUAGCACACAAGGCGGACACACUCACAAGACCCUGGGGGAAAGAGGCUAAGGCCUUGUGGGGAGGGGAGAGGACGUAUAGUUUUUGGAAGCAGGCUUGUAGCUUAUUGAAAACAAUGAAUCUGUUUUAGUCUGACAGUUUCACAGUCCAGAAACAAGACAAAAACAGGCCCCUCCCCCUCUCCCUCUGACAGCAAGCUGCACAAACACCAGGCUCUUUUCUCACAGUUCUUCUCACCGUUCGGUUUCACAAGUUUCUCUUUUAUGAAAAAUGCAGGGGAGCGAUGCCAGCCAUCGCUUUUUCAUCCUGGUCUGCCUGGAAGAGUUUCAGAGUUCUCCUCUCGAAAUCCCUUUCCCUCUUCUGGUCGCUGCUGCCAGUUUCCUCUCUUUUUUUUCACUAAAAAAAAGCUGAUAAUGUUUUAUAAACCAGUAAUGUGUGCGAAGAGAUUGUCCAGGAGCCAACAUGUUUCCUUAAAGUAAUUUCACAUCAGUAAGGGACGAGUGGUGUAUGUAUGUAUUGACUAGAUCACCCUUAUCUUACUGCACCAACACGUGCCAUAACAGGGACUUUUAAUCGGACUUUAAGAAUUGACGGCUGAUUGGAUGGCUACGGUGAUGCCAUGGCUCACUCUCCACUGUGUGAGAGUUUUCCCCAUAUAGUAGGCCCCCUGAUUUACUGUGUGAAAGUGGUGUUUUCCCCCUAUAGUAGGCCCCCUGACCUACUGAGUGAAAGUGGUGUUUUCCCCCUAUAGUAGGCCCCCUGAUUUACUGUGUGAAAGUGGUGUUUUCCCCCUAUAGUAGGCCUGCUGAUAUACUGUGUGAAAGUGGUGUUUUCCCCCUAUAGUAGGCCUGCUGAUAUACUGUGUGAAAGUGGUGUUUUCCCCCUAUAGUAGGCCCCCUGAUCUACUUUGUGAAAGUGGUGUUUUCCCCCUGUAGUAGGCCCCCUGAUUUACUUUGUGAAAGUGGUGUUUUCCCCCUAUAGUAGGCCCCCUGAUUUACUGUGUGAAACUGGUGUUUUCCCCCUAUAGUAGGCCCCCUGACCUACUGAGUGAAAGUGGUGUU